AUGCUUAAAGUCACACGGUUACAGCAGCCCUGCUGUUAUGGCUUCACAGCUGAUAAACAAAACAUUCCCAGAGGCUCCGUCAAAACAGACAAGUCACCCAUGCCUGUUUUUCCGGAAAAUGGCAGAAUAUCUGGAGUGUUUAUGGUCUAUCUUGAGAGUAAACCUCAGGUAUACAGUUUUAAUGCUUCUGUGGCCAGAGAAGCGUGUCAGUCUCUCAAUGUCAACAUAGCCACCAAAGGACAAGUGGAGACAGCUCAGAAAAAUGGUCUUCAGACCUGCAGGUAUGGGUGGGUUGCAGAGAAUUUUGCAGUUGUUCCCCGGACAGUCAGAAGUGAAAGGUGUGGUCAGAACAAGCUAGGGGUCAUAACAUGGCAAGCUGAGCCCAGCAAAGCUUUUGAAGUUUUUUGCUUCAAUGCUACAGCAGUGCUAACAGCACUAAUCAUUUCUGCUAGUGUGGUACUCCUGUUAGCAGCAGGAGCGGCAGGAGCAAUAUGGUAUUACAAAAUAAGAGGACGUAGUUUUCCACUGUGGACCAGGAUACGAAAUAAGGAGAUAAUUGAAACUGAGAUGUGGAGGCACUUUAGUAAAAGACAUCAAAACUCUCAGCAGCGCUCCAGAGAAGACGACACCAAGUCUUACGAUGACAUCACCGUCCAGAUGGAUCUUGACACAGACUGA